AGCUAGCGCCAAUACUAACGGAAAAACGGAACCAUAAUCUUCUCUGUCUCUCCCCUGCCCGGUCACUCUUCCCGCCGCCACCCUCCGCCGCCGCUUCUCUCCGCCGCUAUCCUCAGACGUGUCUGAGUUCAGCUCCGAGCUUCUCACGCUCCCCUUUCCCCACCACCGCGAUUCCGUCUUGCUUGCUUCAUUAGGAGGUGUGCUGUUAUGGCGUCUCGACCAGAGCUACAAGCGCCGCCGGAGAUAUUCUAUGACGAUACCGAGGCCCGCAAGUACACGUCCUCCUCCCGCAUCAUCGACAUUCAGGCUAGGCUUUCCGAGAGGGCGCUGGAGCUUCUUGCUUUGCCUGAUGAUGGAAUCCCGAGAUUGCUCCUCGAUAUUGGUUGUGGGUCUGGGUUGAGUGGGGAGACACUCUCUGAGAAUGGUCAUGUCUGGGUCGGUUUAGAUAUUUCUCAGUCGAUGCUUAGUAAGUUGAUAUUCGAUUUCCUGAUAUCGGUUGUAUAUGUUUUCCUGCUUUCUGGCCUUUAUAUGCUGUUGCAUUGUUCCCCCCCAAUAUUAGACAUCGCAUUGGAGAGGGAGGCAGAGGGUGAUCUUUUACUUGGUGACAUGGGUCAGGGCCUAGGAUUACGUCCUGGAGUUAUAGAUGGAGCCAUCAGCAUCUCUGCUGUUCAGUGGUUAUGCAAUGCUGAUAAGUCCAGUCACGAGCCACGAUUAAGAUUGAAGGCUUUUUUUGGAUCCUUAUAUCGAUGCUUGGCAAGAGGAGCAAGAGCAGUUUUCCAAGUCUAUCCCGAAAGUAUAGCCCAACGGGAGUUGAUUCUCAGUUCUGCAAUGCGUGCUGGGUUUGCUGGUGGUGUCGUGGUUGACUACCCACAUAGUAGCAAGAGCCGGAAAGAGUACCUCGUGCUCACUUGUGGACCCCCAUCUAUAAGCACAGCCGUCCCAAAGGGAAAGGGGGACGAUGGAGAGAGUUCAUCCGAUGAGAGUAGUGGCGAUGAUGAGAAUCGAACGGUUAGUAUCUCAGAUAGGCACCGACCUAGGAAGAAGCAGAAGCUGAAUAAAAGGGGCAAAGGAAGAGAGUGGGUCCUAAAGAAGAAGGAGCAGAUGAGAAGAAAAGGGAAUGUUGUGCCUCCCGACUCAAAAUUCACAGCUCGCAAAAGGAAGGCUCGGUUUUGAUGCAUCAUUGUGUCUCAGCCCAAGCUGGAUUUUGAUAGUCUAUCGAUGUUGAGGUAUUGCCGUGGUCACAGUAAUUGAAUAUCUUCUAAGCAACUUGUCAAUGGGUCUAGUGAAAUAUGUUUCUAGAUACUAGAGUUUCCCGUGCUGUUGUGUAGAUAAGUAGAAUUGUUUCAUUGAGGAUGUUGCAACGGGGUUAUAUCCGGGAAAAUUUUGUUUGAUGUACGAUAUUUAUUGAUACAUUGCCAAGUACCCUAAUCCUUGCAUUUGUUAAAACAGUUUCCCGA